UUUUUCGAAAAUGACGUUGCAAACGUUGAACUACUCUUCAAACCUGAGGGGUGCGUUGGGCGCGUCUUAUGUACGAAUCGAUUUACUCAAAAUUGUGGCUGGCGGUACAAGGGUUGCCGCAAAGGAUAUGAAAUGUCAAUAACAAAAACCGAGCUCCAGAUAGAGCGGGAUAUAACAAAUAAACUGAACAUAAAUCUUAUUGUGGCCCGGAAGCUUAGAUACUAGAGCUGGAAGGUCUUUCAGCACACUGAUAAGAUAGAGGUGUCGACUUUCGCAGUUUUCGUUCCAAGAUAAUUUCUCCAUCGGGAUUCCCGCACACUUCAUACCCAGGGUGCAACUGAAACAGUACCACCAUGGAAGGUUGGAGUAAUGACGACCUACAAGUGUGCGUGGAAAAGUUUCAAGCAAAUGGACUGGCAUCACUCCCAGAUUUCCUCUCACCAAAAGAAGUGCAAGACUUAAAAGAUGAAUGCACUAAAAUGAUCAUGGAACUCCCUGCGGAUGAAAAGCAAACUAUAUUUUCAACAACUAGCGACCAGGGACGGGAUGAGUACUUCCUCACAUCUGGAGACAAGAUAAGAUACUUUUAUGAAGAAGAUGCUUUCGAUGAACAAGGAAACAUGGUCGUCAACAAGCUUCGAAGUCUUAACAAGAUUGGACAUGCACUCCAUUGGCUAAAUCCCAUCUUCAAGAGUGUGUCAUUCAGUGAAAAAGUUAAGCAAUUAGUGAAAGAAGUUGGAUUCAAGGACCCCGCCAUUGUUCAAAGCAUGUACAUCUUCAAGAACCCGGGCAUCGGCGGAGAAGUGACGCCUCACCAAGAUGCUACCUUCCUUUACACGGAGCCCAACAAGCUCAUCGGGCUCUGGUUUCCGCUCGAAGACGCUACUCUGGAGAAUGGGUGCUUGUGGUACAUCCCUGGCUCCCAUAAGACCAGAAGGAUAGCCAGAAGGUUCAUCCGCAAUCCUGAUCCGGAUGGCCCACUCACAAAAUUUGUCGAGCUUGGAAGCAGCAAUUACACCGGCGAGACUUUUGUGCCUGUCCCAGUGGGGAGAGGUUCAUGCGUGGUCAUCCAUGGCAAUGUUGUGCACAAGAGCGAGAAGAACACAUCGCUCUUCCCGAGACCUGCGUACACAUUUCACAUCAUUGACAGGGACCAGUCAGUCUACAGUCCCCAGAACUGGUUGCAACCGACUGAAGAGCUUCCUUUCCCAUCACUGUACGAGAACUCCUAAGGCAAGGAAACAAACCACUGGUCUCGUCAGAGCUCAUACAGUGAAGGCCAUUCCAUCGUUCGAUGCUGACCGCCAAAGUAGCGAAACUCAUGAAACCUUUGUUUCCACACAAAGCAAGCCUAUAUAGAGCAGAUCACACAAAGCACCAACAGGAAUAAGCAGAAUGUACAAAAGUUUUAACAGGGUAAGGUGCAGCCGUACGUGAAGAAGGCCUUAUGAAGUGCAUUUACCAUGCUAAGUGAUAUCUACCAUGUUAUAUGGACGCUGAAAUAAAAAAACAUAAAACAAAAA